AUGGCACAAUGUUCCAUCGUUUUCAAAACAAUUGGAGAACAUAAACGAUGUGAUAAGCGAUUUGAUAAGCGAUGUGAUAAACGAUGUGAUAAGCGAUUUGAUAAGCGAUGUGAUAAGCGAUGUGAUAAACGAUGUGAUAAGCGAUGUGAUAAGCGAUGUGAUAAGCGAUUUGAUAAGCGAUGUGAUAAGCGAUUUGAUAAGCGAUUUGAUAAGCGAUGUGAUAAGCGAUGUGAUAAGCGAUUUGAUAAGCGAUGUGAUAAGCGAUGUGAUAAGCGAUGUGAUAAGCGAUUUGAUAAGCGAUGUGAUAAGCGAUGUGAUAAGCGAUUUGAUAAGCGAUGUGAUAAACGAUGUGAUAAGCGAUUUGAUAAGCGAUUGAUAAGCGAUGUGAUAAACGAUCGAUGUGAUAAGCGAUGUGAUAAGCGAUGUGAUAAGCGAUGUGAUAAGCGAUGUGAUAAGCGAUGUGAUAAGGAUUGUGAUAAGCGAUUUGAUAAGCGAUGUGAUAAGCGAUGUGAUAAGCGAUGUGAUAAGCGAUGUGAUAAGCGAUGUGAUAAGCGAUGUGAUAAGCGAUGUGAUAAGCGAUGUGAUAAGCGAUUUGAUAAGCGAUGUGAUAAGCGAUGUGAUAAGCGAUGUGAUAAGCGAUGUGAUAAGCGAUGUGAUAAGCGAUGUGAUAAGCGAUUUGAUAAGCGAUGUGAUAAGCGAUGUGAUAAGCGAUGUGAUAAGCGAUGUGAUAAGCGAUGUGAUAAGCGAUGUGAUAACGAUUGUGCCAGCUCGUUAUAA